AUGUCAUAUAAUGUGGUGGACCCAGCUCUCGAACUGUCCGACCCAUGCCCAGAUAUUCAUGUCCUGUUCGUCGAUUUUAAUGAUCGGUUUUUCGAAGGCACACUAGCUCAAUGUGAGGUCAAAUGGAGUCCGCGGAUGUUCUCGUGUGCUGGUGUGUGUUCAUAUGAAGGCCGUAGCGGCAUGUGUUCAAUUCGGCUUAGUCUCCCGCUUCUGAAGCUCCGUCCUCGAAAGGACCUUAUAGAGACAUUACUUCAUGAAAUGAUUCACGCUUUCCUAUUUGUAACGCAAAGAAAUCGUGAUAGAGAUGGCCACGGACCAGAAUUCCAGUACCAUAUGUACAGAAUCAAUCAGAUGGCAAAUACGAAUAUUACCAUUUAUCAUUCUUUCCAUGACGAAGUGAAUGUUUACAAGCAGCAUAUUUGGAGAUGCGAUGGCCCCUGUCGUGAAAGGCGGCCUUUCUUUGGCUACGUUAAACGGUCUUCUAAUCGUGCUCCUGGACCCAACGACUUGUGGUGGAAUUCACACAAGGCCAGUUGUAAUGGUACGUUCCAAAAAAUCAAAGAACCUGAAGGUUAUGGUCAACGAAAGAGGAAGAAACCAGACGAGAGCGGUGUUUUGAGUCAAACUUCACCGACACUAGACAUCUAUAUUACGGUAGGAAAUGGAAACCUGAAGAAGAAGCCUGGCGCCUUACCAUCCUCGGGUAUAGGGAGCGCUGACUGUCCUAUUAUAAUUGAGAGUGAUUCACCUCCCUCAACCUCAUCGACUUCAUUCUCGUCUAGUGAAGGCCCUCCAAAUGAGAUUGCUUUGAGUCGUAAUGUUAUAUGCCCUUCUUGUGGCGAAGACGUUAUUGAGUACUUUAUUAAUGAUCACUUGGAUUCCUGUGUAUAUUUACAGUAA